UCCCCCCACAGCUGCUUCCUUGGAGGCCAGCCCGGCCGGAGGGGGGAUCCGGGAUCGAUCGAAUGGAGCCUCAGCCUGCCGGUCCUUUUCCCUUCAACCACCGCGCGAUCUGCCGCAAAUCCUCCAUGCUUUCGCUUCGUCCCCCGCGGAAAACGAGAGACAGACAUAUAUUACCCUGCUGCUAACUACUAUACCGCAACCGCAACAGCCCACCCGCCCGCCCGCCCGCCGGUGCAAGUGCAAGUUCGUCUCGUGAUUCCAUUUCCUCGCUGAUCGAUCGUCAUCAGCGCAGUAGUUACCAAUGCCGGCGUCGUCGUCGUCGGCGGCGACGUCGCCGCUGCCCGAGAUCGUGAGCUGCUCCGCUCUGCAGGAGGAUCCGUAUCCGUGGUCGUCGUCGUCGCCGCCGAUGAUGAUGAUCGCCGGCGCCGGCGACGACGACUUCUUCCUGCAGGUGCAGCUGGUGCCGAGGGACGUCUCGGACGGGCUCCUCGGCAAGUUCGCGGACACCAGCGCGUUCGACUUCGACUACGACCGCAGCGGGCUCUGGUCGCCGCUGGUGCCGCUGCGCCCCGAGGUCAUGCUGCUCGCGCAGUCCCCGGCGGCCGGGCGCCGCGGCCGGCGACCGCGGCGGCGGUGGCGCCGGAAGCGGAGGAAGGUGCGUACGUACCCCGCUCAGUUUCUAGCUCGCUCGGCAUGCCAUGCGUUGCACUGCAACAACAGGGCAGCUAGCAGGGCUUUUGUUCGCCGCCAUUGCAACUCGUGGUCUUGUGCUUUGCAGGUGCUCUGCGGCUGCUGGCGAUGGUGGGGACGUGCAAUGCUGCCUACGGACGAAACAUCUGAAUAAUCCUGCAAAUGUUCUUCUGCUGCUGCUGCUGCUGCUGCUGAAUCUUGGAUUUCUUCGUUCUUCUAGUACAUACAAAGUGCCAAUACUGUAUACUAGUACUAUGUAACAUGUAUAUGUAUGCACAUGCAGCAAUGCAAGGUCCAAAUGCAAGACAACAUGAUUGUAUAAUGUAUAGUCACAAUAUACGUAGUACAUUGCUUUUGGAUAUGCCAAUUGGACACGAAUCAUUGUAUCGUGAUUCUUGGAGGCAUCUCCAAUAUGGAUGAAUCCUGUAAUUACGCUUGCUUUUUUUUUCUUUCUAGAAAGUACUUUUUGGUCCACGUAGUAUUAACCCUUGUUUUUUUUAGAAAGUACUUUU